UUGUGAUGACCUUAUUUUAACAUUUGUCAAACGUGUUCAGUGGUUGCUUUUAUGAACCACCCCUAAAAUACCCUCAACUGAAAAAAGGACGAAAAAGGACAUUAUCGAAAUAUUUUGAUAUUAUAAAAAUUAAUGACUGCAAAGUUUUUAUUUUUUAACUUGGAAAUAAACGUAUUCUGUAUCGGUUGAAAUUUUGAAAGUUUUUACCAAAAACAAUAUGUUUAAAAGUAAGCAAGAAGGAAGUCUGGUGUAUAAAUGCACAGUUCGUCUACUCGAUGAUUCUGACGUAGUAGAAUGCGAAUUUCAGGCGUUCCACAAGGGAAUUUACUUAUUGGACUACUUAUGUGGCGAAUUAAAUAUAAAAGAGAAAGACUACUUCGGCUUGCGAUAUGUCGAUUCGUCAAAACAAAGACACUGGCUCGACCUGGCCAAAUCUUUAAUAAAACAAAGUAAGGAACUGGAUCCCAUUUUAUUCUCAUUAAGAGUAAAAUUUUACCCCGCCGAUCCAUUUCGUCUUACUGGGAUCUCUCGAAUUAUGUUGUAUAAACAAUUAAAAAGAGAUUUAAGACACGGACGUUUGUACUGCUCCUUUGGUGAGGCAGCCGCGUUGGGUGCUUUAAUUGUACAAGAGGAACUUGGAGACUAUAAUGAGAAGAUUCAUAUAGGCGACUAUGUUUCGUCCCUUGAAUUGGCCCUGCGUCAAACGGAAAGUCUGGAAAAGAAAAUAAUUGAACUCCACAAAAAGCGAGAGGUUGGGCAGGAUUCUUUCUCAGCUAUUUAUGACUUUCUGGGUAUAGCUCGCACACUGGAAACCUAUGGAAUUGAACCCCAUCCUGUCAAAGAUCACCGUGGAUCGCAGCUUUAUAUUGGUAUUAAUAAUUCGGGUAUUAGCACGUUCAUUGCAGGCAAACGUUCACAACAUUUCCGUUGGAAUGAAGUGCAUAAGAUUAACUUUGAAGGGAAAAUGUUUAUUGCACAUUUAAGUUAUACUGAUGCGAGCCGUGAACCUAAAAAGCACACUAUUGGAUUUAAAUGCCCUUCAGGCGCUGCUUGUCGCUAUCUGUGGAGAUGUGCCAUCGAACAAAUGCUGUUUUUUACACUGCCCAAUAGUGAAAAUGCUGCGGUCGUUUCUGGUGGAGGUUUUUUCUCUUGGGGUACAAAAUUUCGAUACACUGGUCGAACAGAGCGGGAAAUACUAACUGAAAAUAUAAAUGCACUGCGCGAGCAAAAAAUAAAUGGUUCAAGUUCGAGUAAGCGAAAGGCGAGCAGUGUUCCAGCCACUCCUUCUAGUCCCCAGGGAGAAUUAUCACAAAUACGUUACAGUAGCUUACCUCGUUCAACAAUGUCUGAACCGUUGGGAUCCUCCAUUAUACCAAUGAAUCGCAAUCAUGUUUUUGGCGCUCACAACCAGGAUCAGAGCACUUGCUUAAUCGAUAGCAAUGGAUGUAUUCAAAUGCCUAUUUUAGAGCCCGUUUGCGAGGAGGCUCGUCUACGUUCGUCAAACAUUGAGAAUGUCAACUAUUUGACAAAUCCGUUGACUGGACUUCCAUACCGAGAUUUGAUCGAACAUUCUUCCACUGAAUUCGGUAGUGGCUAUGAUCAGGCCAGAAAAAAUAAAGAAAAUACAAAGCAAUACACUGGCUACGCGUCCAAACAGUACUAUUCACUACCUAAUCCUAACUCGAAUUCAUCAGCCGGUAUGACAGUCACUAAGAAAGUUGAUAAUUUUUCGAACAUGCAUAAAAAUUCAGUUCAUAGUGCGAAAACAUUACGAAAAUUUCGCUUAUUGCAUGCCUUUAUUCCAUCGGUUAUUUUCGUAGCUUUCGCGAUGGCUGGAACAGCUGUAUUUAUAAUGGAGUCAGAGUCAGAUCUAUUUGAGCAAAUACGCAAUUCUCCUGAAAUGAUUUGCCUACGCUUCCACUAUUAUCAGCCUUUGAAAGAUUUUGUUUUACAAAAGUUUGGUAGAAAAGAUUAAAUUUAUUGCUAAGUAAUCAGUAAGAAACAUUUUAGUUUGAUUAAAAUCAAAAACAUCUUUAGGAUCUAUGUAUAUAUUAAAUAAUGCUAUAAACAUAUGCUCUUUAUAUUCUUAUAUUUCUCAUAAUGAAUACUAAAUUGAAAUCCUUACAUUUCUUUUUGUGGACCCUUCGACCUACUUUUUUAUGAGAAGAAUGAUCUGUGAUCCUUUAAAUCUAGUAAGGUAGAUUGUAAAGUGUAAUUUCUUUGACACACACAGCUUCCAUUAAAAAUGUACCGUGGCAUAUGCUUAUAUUAAAAACGUGUCUAAUAGAUUUAUAUUAGAUGAUAAAAAAAACUUGCUUGUCUAUCUGUACAUUAUGUUUCUCUAUUACUAAAUAAUCUUAUACCACAUUGAAUAAAACAGUUUUAAAAUAA